CGUGUUCUUCAUUAUACAUUCUUACCUACAUGGGAUAACUCUAAACCCUGAGAUUUAGCCUUUCUGGGAAUCCCAAAAGCUAUCUUAGUAUAGUAUCUAGUUUAUUCCACCUUUGGCUCUUAGCCCUAGACAGGUAGGAAACUAGAUCAGAUGAUUAGAAUGCAAGUAGGGAGGAUUGGGCUCUCCCAUUUUUUCUGUUAUCAAGCUUGAAUGCCACCUUAUGUUUCUAUCUUUAUCAAAUUCUCUCCUUGUCCCAACUAAAGUGAUGAAAAAAUACAUCAAGAAUAAUGUAGAGGCAAAAUGAAUGGGGCAAAAACUAAAGGCCAUCAUGCAACCAUGGGGGAUUGUCAGAGCCAUUCUAGCUUUGCAAAGCUUGCAGUACAAGCACCCUACACCAUGCCGUCCCACACUCAAGCCCCAUGGAAUCAUAUAUGCAUGCGGACCCUUUCCAGUCCCCGUCUAUAAAAACUCAGCCCUAACAUUGAGUUGACUGCGUGAAAGACAAUGACUGCUUCUUCAAAGCUGCUCUGGGUCCUCUUCUUCUCACUCUCAUUCCAUUCUAUUCCCACCACACCAACACCCCAUGUUUACAUUGUCUACUUGGGCCACAGCCAUGGCCAUGAUCCUCUUCUCACCACAAAGUCCCAUGUCCAAAUUCUCUGCAAUGUCUUUUCUGAAGAAUCUCAAGCAAGGGAAGCGUUGGUGUACAGCUACAAGCACAGUUUCUCUGGUUUUGCUGCAUUGCUCAACUCAACACAAGCCACCACCUUGUCCAAUAUGGAAGGGGUGAUAUCAGUUUUCAGAAGCAAGGUGCUACAGCUGCACACGACUCGGAGCUGGGAUUUUAUGGGGCUUGCCUUGGAUACUGGGGAAGCCACUCCGUUGCAAUUAAAAUACGGUGAUGACGUAGUUGUUGGUAUCUUUGACACAGGCAUAUGGCCCGAAUCCGCGAGCUUCCGCAACGACUCGGGUUUGGGGCCGGUCCCGGCGAGGUGGCGCGGGGCGUGCGUGAAGGGCGAGAGGUUCGACCCGGCGGCGGCGUGCAACCGGAAGCUGGUGGGGGCGCGCUACUACGUGGCGGGGUUCGAGCGGGAGUUUGGGCCGCUGAACGCGACGGGCAGCGGCGAGUACCGGUCGGCGCGCGACCGCGUGGGCCACGGCACGCACACGGCGUCGACGGCGGCGGGGUCGGUGGCGCGCGGGGCGGGCUACCUGGGCGGGCUGGGCGGCGGGGUGGCGCGCGGCGGGGCGCCUCGGGCGCGGGUGGCGGCGUACAAGGUGUGCUGGUUCGUGCAGCUGCAGGGGCGGUGCACCGAGGCGGACAUCAUGGCGGCGUUCGACGACGCGCUGCGCGACGGCGUGGGCGUGAUCUCGUUGUCGCUGGGAUCGUCGCCGCCGCUGACGCCGCUCUUCGCCACCAGCACGGACGUGGGGGCCUUCCACGCCGCCCAGAUGGGGGUCGCCGUCGUCUUCUCCGCCGGGAACGACGGGCCCGACGCCGCGCUCGUGCAGAACGUCUCGCCCUGGGCCACCUGCGUCGCCGCCGGGACCAUCGACCGGGCGUUCCCCACGCCGAUCACGCUGGGCAACACCGUCUCCUUCGUGGGGCAAGGUUUUAUUGUGAAGGAAAUGAAGAUGAAUUUGAUAGACGGCGGCCAAAUAUUUGACGACGGGUCAUGUUCCUUCGACUCAAGCCCCCGAAGGUCAGCCACAGGGAAAAUAGUUCUGUGCUUCUCUUCCCUAGGGCAGGUAUCAAGUACGGUUGCAGCGCUGGCAGUCUUGGCAGCCAAUGGAUCAGCCAUGAUCUUCUCGGAGACCAUUACCAAGCUAACAAUUCAAGACGACUUCCUCCCGACCGUCCACGUCGACCUCCACCAAGGCACCCAGAUCCUCGACUACAUUCAAUCCGCCGGGAAUGCCACAGUACUUAUUUCGCUAAGCAGGACGAGUAUUGGCAGCUCACCAGCACCUUCUGUUGCAUAUUUCUCCUCCAGAGGACCAAGUUCUAUAUCUCCUAACAUCCUCAAGCCAGAUAUUGCUGCUCCCGGCGUUAACAUUUUGGCAGCAUGGCCGCCACUAUCUUCGCCAACUAUGCUACCGUUCGAUCGACGAUCUGUCAAUUGGAACUUCGAAUCAGGAACAUCCAUGUCGUGCCCUCACGUUUCGGGCAUUGUCGCGCUGAUCAAGUCAGCUCAUCCCUGCUGGUCCCCUGCAGCCAUCAGGUCUGCUCUCAUGACAACAGCUUACAUGACCGACACAACCUAUGAUACUAUUUUGGCGGGGGGGACACUGAAACCGGUCGAUCCCUUCGACAUCGGUGCUGGACACGUAAAUCCAGUGGCCGCGAUGGAUCCCGGACUUGUGUACGACAUUGAAACCGAAGACUAUGUUAUAUUUCUUUGUAGCCUUGGCUACACAGAAUCUCAAAUAAAGAGAAUGGUUCUUCCAUCUCCAAGCAUCGACACGAGCUGCAGUGGAAAUUAUUCAGAUCUAGACUUAAACUAUCCAGCCAUUACGAUAUCGAAUCUUCGCUCUUCGAUAACAGUUAAAAGAACAUUGAGGAAUGUUGGCCAAAAAAAUGCCUUCUACUUUGCUAGUGUGAAAAAUCCUCAAGGGGUGCAUGCUUUUGUAUGGCCAGGGGUGUUAAUCUUCACUCCACACAAGGAGAAGAUGACAUACUACGUGACCGUCACACCAAUCAAACAAUCGGAGGAUCGGUAUGAUUUCGGCGAGAUCAUGUGGUCCGACGGCUAUCAUCACGUGAGGACACCGUUGGCUGUGAGAGUAAGCAAUGUUAGAGACGGAGGAAGUGAUCGCACGAGACCUGAAAGCCAUCAAAGUGCUUAGUUUUAGCUUCUGGUUCUGAAAAUUUAAUUAUUUUCAGUCAUGAGAUUUUAUCUGAUCUUUUUCUGUUAUUCGAGGUAUUGUCGCGGGCAAGAUUAACACUUUCCACGGAGCACAUAAUAUGAAAAGUUGUGUUAUUUUUUAAGGAAACGAUAUUGGUAUA